GUGCGAGGGAUGAGAAGGGGGACGAGAGUGAGAUAAGAAGGGGGAGAGCGAGAGAUUGGCUGGGAGAACAAGAGAUGAUUAGACAAUUUGCACAGUCAAAACAAACUAUAUUAUUGUUUUUUUAUGGAUUAGCAAUGAACCAUAUUUGUUCAUUUUCUCCGUGGUGGUAGAGCGCGCUGCGCGCCAGGAGUCGAAAGACUGCAAUCUCAGACACUUGGAACGGACACAACUCGUUUUGCUGCGGGAAGAUGCCUGAGCAAAGUUUGGCUUCGUUUGGAACUCUGAAGUUUACAAGCGAUGUCUGUAGCUUUUACAAAACGAACCUGGAAUGAAUAAAGAAUGCAUAUCGUUUGGGGCAUACUUCAAAUUUUUUCAGCAUAUGUCAUCCGUACAUCAGCACAACAAAUCUCAUCAAAAAUUCAUGAUGGUUGGUGGGCGUACAAAGAUGUUGUCCAAGGAAGCUUUGUUCCAGUGCCAUCGUUCUGGGGGCUGGUGAACACUGCGUGGAACCUGUGUGCCAUGGGGAAGAGGCAGUCUCCCAUCGACAUUGAGACCAGUCGCAUGAUAUUUGACCCCUAUCUGACCCCUCUGCGCAUCAAUACAGGAACCCGCAAGAUGGGAGGUACCAUGUACAACACUGGCAGACAUGUGUCACUGCGGCCCGACAAGGCUCACCUGGUGAACAUCUCAGGUGGGCCACUGGGCUACAGCUACCGACUGGAGGAGGUCCGCCUGCACUUUGGCAGUGAGGAUGAGCAAGGCUCCGAACACCUGUUAAAUGGACAGGCCUUCCCAGGAGAGGUUCAGCUCAUACACUACAACCAGGACCUGUAUGCCAACUACAGUGAAGCUGCUAAGAGUCCCAACGGAAUAGCCAUAGUCUCCAUCUUUAUUAAGCUGUCUGAGGCCUCCAACAUGUUCCUGAACCGCAUGCUGAACAGAGACACCAUCACGAGAAUAACAUACAAGCAUGAUGCCUUCCUGUUGAUGGGUCUGAACAUAGCUGACCUGUAUCCAGACACCACGCGCUACAUCACUUACGAUGGUUCCAUUACGAUCCCCCCCUGCUUCGAGACUGCCACCUGGAUCCUCAUCAAUAAGCCAGUCUAUAUCACUCAAAUGCAGAUGAAUUCUCUUCGUCUGCUCAGUCAGAACGAGCCCUAUAAGAUAUUCCUAAGUAUGAGUGACAACACGCGGCCCGGCCAGCCCCUCCUCCAGCGCUGCAUACGCACCAACAUCAACUUCAGCAAGCAGGGGCGUGACUGCCCUAACAACCGAGCCGUCCGCCCACAGUACCGAGUAAACCAGUGGCUGCUGAAGUAGCUCUGUGAAUAUCUGGUCUGCAACACAACACAAGAAGAGAGACUCCAUUUUAAAUCCUGACGGCCAACAAUGGAUUUUAGUGUGGAAAUGUGUUUAUAUUGUAGAAAGGUUGUCUGUCUGAUUUUUUUGGGACACAGAAAAUGAGAUUUGGAACUCUUUGAGCCUAGGAGCAGAUGGAUUCCCACUGCUGCACCUGGACAGUGUUGUUUCUGUUGCUGAGAAUAUCAUUUGCUCUGUUCUUUUUUGUUUCAUAUAUUUUUAGAGACGUGUGAAAGAAGUGUGAAACAAAUUAUGGGGACUAUAGAGGGAAGGAAUAUUUGCCUGGACUCACUCGUGUGGCUAGAAGGGUAACAUAUGGGGUGUGGGUGGCAGUGCUGUCCACUACUCCAUAUUUAGACCUGUGGUUGUUGUUUGUGAGGACUAUACAGCCCUGUACACGUCUGUGUCCCUAUUUGUGUUGCAUGGACCACUGCGCUGGAGACCACAGAGGGGGGCGGGUCUCCUCAGUCAGCUGACAAACUAUUGACUGUUCGGGUACACCAUCAUCUGACUCACUUGAAGCCCCCAAAAAUCCCCAAGGACCAGCAUCAUACAAAUGAAUGGAAUGACCAAAUAUAUUGACAGUGACUUUGGAUCCAGCUAACUUAUUUAGAUACUAGUAGAAUUUCACUUCAUUCUUAACACUAAAUAUACUUGUGAUAUUACAAACGUAUAAUCUUUUUGGGAUGGAUGAUGUUAAACAGAAAGACUGACAAGAUAUAGUGUUUUGUAUUUGCAACUUUUCUAGCCAUCUAGGCCCUUUGCCUUGUAUUUGUUCAUUUGUUUACACUGUUUGCUGACUGUGUUAUGGGCCCAGUGCUCUUGAAAUCACAAAAAGGAAAAUAUUUACUGUAUCACUUCUUACACUGGGCUUAUGUAUUCUGUUGAAUGUUGUCUUGUUGAAAUCUGAAGAGAGCAUGGAACGUGAUUUGUCUACAAAUUCUCAAAAGCAGUCACAAAGCAGUCCUCAUCAAUUAUUUAUCCUCAUUUCUGAUUCUGAGCUGUGUACGGAGUUGAAGGGAAUGUGGAAUUGUGUUUUUGUGUGUGUUUGUGUGAGAGUGUGUUUGUAUGAGUGUGUGAGUGCGUAUGCUAGCUCACUGUCUCUUGCGGGGAUUAUCUUUCUGAAUAAAGAAGGUUA